AUGGGUUCUACUAGCCCAGAAAACUCGACAGUGUUGCGUUUACUCGACUCCAUUCAUGCUCAAGAUCCCGAGACGCUUUACUGUCUUCAUCCAGUCUCCCCUGAAGUUCACGAUGGAUGGGUUAAUAUCACCAUUGCUGACCUGGCUGCCGCAAUCAACCGUCUCGCGCUCUGGAUUCACGAAAAUGUGGCCUCGGCCGAUGAACCCCAACCUUUGGCCUAUAUGGGUGCUGUUCUUCUGUCCUCAAGAAACUCGGAACAAGCAUCCAGCCACGUCCUCGAUGCUGUGAACUGUUCUAAAUUCGUUUACACGUCCGAGAGAAGUAGACAGGUUGAUGAAAUCAAGGCAGCCAACACGUCGUUGCAAUCAUGGCUCGCGCCAGACCUCUGGGAUGUAUUUGACCGUCAACCCACAGCACCGGUGCCUGUCAUCAAAGAACCCGCAGAAGACCCGGAAGAUAGGGUGGCGGUCUACAUCCAUAGUUCCGGAACCACUGGUAUGCCCAAGCCUGUCCCGAUGACAAAUGGGUAUUUGAUCGCCCUGCAGCAAAUUUGCGAGCUGCCCACUCCCGAAAAUCGGGUUGGCAGCAUAGCUGCAGUUGCAGAGAGAGGCAAGCGGGUCCUUGCCGUCAGCCCAUUCUUCCAUCUUAUGGGGAUACUCAACAUGAUGGUCCCAAUUAUUUCGGCGACACCAUUUGUCUUGACCCACGAAAAGCCCUUGGCGGUCGACUAUCUCGCUGAAGUCAUCAAGCACGGGCAGCCCAAGACUGCCAUCUUGGCACCAUCCAUGCUUGAGGAGCUCUGCGCAUCUGAGCUGGGCGUGGAAUGCCUGAAGACAUUUGACAUGCUUACCUUUGGCGGUGCGCCCUUGGCUCGCGAAGCCGGCGAUCGCAUUGCUGAGGUCGUCCAUCUGCAGUCAGUGAUUGGGUCUAGCGAAUGUGCUAUUUUCGGCGCCUUGAAGUAUCAAGAGAAAGAUGAGUGGCCGUAUCUCGAGUUCAAUCCCUUUGCUGGAUAUGAAAUGCGUGAUGCGGGAGAUGGGUGUUACGAGCUUGUUGUGGUGCGCAGUGAGAAGGGUCGCACCCUACAUGCCGUGUUCCAUACUUAUCCGGAGAAGACGGAAUAUUGCACUGGGGACCUCUUUACUCCUCACCCGGACAAGAAAGGCCUCUGGCUGUAUGCCGGACGGCGUGACGAUGUGAUUGUUUUGAGCAACGGUGAAAAGUUCAACCCAAUCAAUAUGGAGGAGAUUAUCUCUGGUCAUCCUCUUGUUGCUCGAGCAGUCGUUGUCGGUCAAGGCCGCUUUCAAUCUGGUGUUUUGGUUGAGCCUAACUGGGAGUCGUGGAAUGGCGAACCGAGUGCAUUGAUUGAAGACAUCUGGCCACAUGUGAAGAAAGCGAAUGAAUCCGCUCCUGCUCACGCUCAGAUAAUGAAGGAUCGUGUCGCCGUCGCCUCUCCAUCAAAGCCGUUCCAGUUGACGGCCAAGGGCACUAUCAAGCGGCGAAUGAUUGUCAAUGACUACGCAUGUGAGAUUGAUGCCUUGUACGCCGACGCCGACCAGGUUGAUGCGGCCCAGAUUCCUAGGGAUGCCACUUGCUCUGAGAUCUCUACCUACGUGUCUUCAGUCCUGUGCGAGAUCCUGGAGGUAUCAGCUUUUGAUGAACAUGUAGACAUUUUUGCGGGCGGACUUGAUUCACUUCAGACGCUGCGCCUGGGUCAAAUCCUGCAGGCCUCUCUGAGAUCUGCUCGUCCCGACUUGGGAGCAGCAUUCAGCAGCCCACAGCUAUAUUCGCUACCGACAGUUAGUCAACUUACUGAGUAUAUCUACGGUAUCCUUCAGGGCCAAGAUACGGCACCUGCUACCGCAGUGGUUGAAACUGACAGCGACCGAGAAACAAGAAUUGCCGAUCUAGUCGCGAAAUACACCGAGGGAUUCGGUCAGAAUCAUGCUGUCAUCCUCACUGGUUCAACUGGCUCUCUCGGCUCCUACUUGCUAUCCGAGCUUCUGGGCGAUUUCAGCGUCACAAAGAUCUACUGUCUCAAUCGGUCAGCAGAUGCCGCUACCAAACAGCUCUCGAGUCUCCGCGAAAAGGGACUCACUAAGCUUGACCGAUUCCCGCUUCGAGUGGAGUUUCUCCAGGCUCAGUUUGGUGCUGAGAAGCUCGGGCUGGAUGAUGCUAAGUAUGACGAGAUGCUGCAGGAGGUUGACACAAUUAUUCACAACGCCUGGAAAGUAAACUUCAACCAUCGAGUAGAAGCGUUUGAGAAUCCGCACAUCGAGGGCGUCCGCCGUCUAGUGGAGUUCAGCGUUGCCAGCGAGAAGACAGCGCAUAUCCACUUUAUCUCGUCCAUCUCCACCAUUGAAGGGUACAAUAAGGGUCCUACUAUCCCGGAAGUAAUCUUCGACGAUCCUAGUUCUGUGCUUCGUCAGGGUUAUGGCGAGUCGAAGCACGUUUCUGAGAGGAUCUGUGCUGUAGCAUCAGCGAAAUGCGGUGUUCCGACAAGCAUCCACCGUGUAGGCCAGAUAGGAGGCCCAACUACCGAGCUGGGCAUGUGGAAUAAGCAGGAAUGGCUGCCCUCGCUCAUCGCGACUUCAAAGACGAUCAAGCAGAUUCCAGACUCACUGGGUUCAGUCUCGGUGCAAUGGGUUCCAGUGGAUGUCUGCGCCAAAGUGAUCAUCGACAUCGUUCGCACCCGGCGCUCCACGCAGGAGGAUGAGCCAUGCGCGGCAUUCCACAUCGUCAACCCCAGGGUAACAGAUUGGCAGUCGCUCGUUCCGGCCGUGAGAAAACAUUUUGAUGUCGAGCCUGUUGACAUUCAAACAUGGAUCUCAACGUUGGAAAGUUUCACCAACGCCACUGAGCACGAUUUUCGUGACAAGCCCGCUCUGAAGAUCUUGGACUUUUUUAAGGCGAUCGCAUACUCGAAUGAGGCGGGCCCGUCGACAGAGACCAUCAAGACCCAGGCUGCAAGUAAGACGUUGCGACGACUCCAAGCGAUUGAUGCGCCCUUGAUGGAGAGGUGGAUCAAUCAGUGGAAGUUUUGA